CAAUUAUUUCGUCUUUCAAUUUUAUUCUCAUUUAACAAAAAUAUUUUUCGCCGCUUUCUCUCUCCUCAAAAUCCCCCUUUCUCUCUCGUCGCCGGAUCUCACCCUCUCCCAACACCAUCUCCAAAAUCCCCAAAUUUUAGGGUUUGAUUCUAACAGAUUUAUCAUCCUUAUAUUCGAUUUCUUGGUUAAGUUUAAUCUAGAUCUGAAUAUAGGUGAAGAAAAGAUUCCAUUUUUAUCGAAUUUAAUGGCGUCGGCGGAAGCAAUUACAACACCAACAUCAUCUUCAUAUUGGUGUUACAGUUGCAAUCGAUUUGUUAGAGUUUCAACAAAUUCGAUUUCUCUUUCUUCAAAUUCUUCAAUUUCUUGCCCAGAUUGCCAUGGUGGUUUCGUCGAAGAAUUCGAUUCCCCUUCUCCUUCACUUUCAGGACAACCUCCACCUUUACAAUUACCACAACUCUUUUCUUCUCCUCUUUCCGAUUCUAGACGACGUCAGUUUCCUGCCACAGCUAUGUUCAUGGUCGGUAACCCUAAUUCAACGUCAAAUUCAAACUCAAAUCCGAAUUCUAAUUCAAAUUCGCUUUCGUCGAGCCCUAGACUUCGUCGUAGUCGAAGAAAUGGUGGUGACAGGUCACCUUUUAACCCGGUUAUCGUAUUACGGGCCCCACCCGAACCUGAAAAUAGUGGUGGUGGAGGGGGAGCAGGAGGGAGCUAUGAGUUGUAUUACGAUGAUGGAGGAGGUACAGGUUUAAGACCAUUACCUGCUAGUGUAUCUGAGUUCUUGCUCGGGUCGGGUUUUGAUCGGCUAUUAGAUCAAUUAGCCCAAAUUGAAAUCAACGGAAUUGGAAGGAAUGAACAGCCGCCGGCAUCAAAGGCGGCAAUUGAAUCGAUGCCGACUAUCGAGAUAGUUGAUGAUCAUAUUGAAUGUGAGGUUUAUUGUGCUGUUUGUAAAGAAGCUUUUGAGCUAGGGUCUGAAGCAAGAGAAAUGCCCUGUAAGCAUAUUUAUCACCAUGAUUGUAUAUUACCUUGGUUAUCUUUAAGGAAUUCUUGUCCUGUUUGUAGGCAUGAAUUGCCUUCUGAUAAUAAUAAUAAUAAUAACAACUCGGGUGAAUCACCCGAGUUGAAUCCAGUUGAUUAUAGUAGGCGUAACAACAAUAAUCAUAAUGGUAAUACUAGACAUGGUGGUGGUUUGGUUGAGGGUAAUGAGGAUGAGACUGUUGGGUUGACUAUAUGGAGAUUGCCUGGUGGUGGGUUUGCAGUUGGGAGGUUUUCAGGUGGGAGAAGAGGGGAGAGAGAAUUACCUGUUGUUUAUACUGAAAUGGAUGGUGGGUUUAAUCAAGGAGGUAUUCCUAGGAGGAUUUCAUGGAGCUCUCGUGGUGGGAGAUCGAGGGAAAGGGGAGGGAUUCGAAGGGCUAUAAGGAGUUUGUUCUCUUGUUUUGGUGGGAGUAGGCAUCAUCAAGCAUUGGAGGAUUCGAGUGGUUCUAGUACCGAUUCAAGGGUUAAUAGUCAGAGGAGUCGAGCAACAUCGUUUUUCUCUGCUUCUUCGAGAUCGAGAAGCAGGGGUUUUGAUAUGGGGAGUAGGAUAAGAAGAUGGUAAAGAUGUGUGAAAUGUAGGAUGCAUUGUCAAAUGAUUUGCCAAUCUCCUCGUGAAUCAGAAAAAGUGAUUAUGAUCGUUUUUUUCCUGAAUCGCAAAUUCAAAAGGCAAAUUAGCUAAAGGUGGGCUCAGAUUGGGCCUUGAGGGUUGGUUUAUGUACAUAAAAGAAUGGGAGUUAAAGGAGAGAAUUGGGAGAUUGACUAUGAGAUGAAUGUUGAUAGGAAAUGGGGCUAAACAAUGGUUUAUUGAGGAGCAAGAAAGUGGAGUCCUUGGAGGAGGAAGUAAGAUGCAAUAGCAAUAUGGAUUGCAUACUUGACUAAAUUGUAAUGGACUAUGAUCCAAAAUGUGUAUUUUUCAUCAUUCUAAGGUACUUUUUUUGAAAAUUUGUAUUUAGUUGCUUAUUACUUAUCAAUCAAUCAUUAUAUUAUCUUGAAUCAAA